ACAACCAAGAAGAAGAAGAAGAAGAAGAAGAAAAAAAAAAAAAAACAAGAAGCAAAAGGAAAGUUCUUCUGCAGUGUUUCUUAUUUACAGGUACAGCUGCAAGAGAGCUGUGGAUAAAACAGAAAUAAAGCCCAAAGGAAGGAGUGAGGUGAACCCAGAUUCUCCACUGAGUCACGGAGCCCAUAUUGUACAGCUGUAAUGGCACAGAUCCGACUGAAUCUGCCCAGUGUUCGUUGUCUUUUUGACAAACUUGUGCAAAUAAAGGUUGAGGGUCUUUCUGCUCAUAAACUAGUAGACUUGAGGUCCACACUAGUUGAUGACAGGGGAGUGACUUUUAAGGCAUCUGCCAUGUACACAGCGGAUGGACGUGGCCAAGUGGACGUCUGCAGUACACCCUCUCUUGGAGGAAGUUACACUGGCGUGGAGCCAAUGGGUUUGUUCUGGACCAUGCACCAGACAGUCCACACAACAAACUACUGAAGAAGAAACGUGCUCAGCCCACUGCAGGUGAAGAUAGAAGCACUGAGUGACACUGGUGAACUCUUUGCCUCUGAGACCUGUGAGAGGGAAUUCAUGACAGAGGGCAUGAAGAGAAUACCUGUGCAAGAAGGACGAGUCCGAGGAGUCCUGUUCAUACCACCAGGAAAGGGUCCAUUCCCAGGAAUAGUGGACAUGUACACAUACGGUGGAGGUCUGACUGAACCGAGAGCCAGUUUGUUAGCAAAUGAAGGUUUUGUGGUUCUGGCUCUUGCGUAUUUUGGAUACCAGGAUUUGCCAAAAAAGCCCAAUCUAGAUCUGGAGUACUUUGAGGAGGCAGUAGCAUUCCUGAGGAGACAACCCCAGGUUCGUGGACCUGGGAUCGGCAUCAUAUCAAUUUCUCAUAGUGGUUCUUUGGCUUUGUCAAUGUCAUCUUUUUUGUCUGGGAUCUCAGCAACUGUUUGUAUUAAUACCUGCAAUGCAAUUAAUGUGAUUCCGUUACACUACAAAGGCAUUGUUAUGCCGCCGCUUCUGCCUGUCAUAGAGAAUAUUAAGUUCACGGACUCUGGACUUAUAGAUAUACGUGAUGCACUGCCAGACCCUACUUUGGAGAAGAACAGAGCAUCCUUGAUUCCGAUAGAACGUGCCAACUGCCAGUUCCUUUUUGCUGCCUCUGAAGAUGACCGCAACUGGAACAGCACCUUUUUUGCCAAGCAGGCUGCGGAAAUACUGAGACGUCACGGCAAAGAGUCAUUUAAAGUUAUUACCUACCCCAAGGCUGGGCAUUUACUAGAUGUCCCUUAUAUGCCUUUUUGCCCAUCUGCCUUCCAUUCAGCUGUAGGGCAAGCUGUGGCAUUUGGUGGGGAGGCGAAAGCCCACUCUGAGGCUCAGGUGGACCUUUGGGAAAGAGUCCAGGAGUUCUUCAAGCAGAACUUGGACAACAACAAUAACACCUGCUAAAAAUCAGUGCUCAUGUAAAGUCACUGUGUGUUGAGGGGAGACACACAUACACACACAGUGAUCUGAGCCGAACUGUGACCUUGACACCAUCGUACCAUUACACCCAGAGUUGGGGAGGAAGCAGCAGCGGUGUUGUGCAAAAUUUUUGUACUUAUAACUCUGCGUCCGUUUUGCUAUCUCGGUUCAAAAUUCAAAUCCAGUUCACGAUUUGAAAUGAAAUCAACUAACAGUGUUGCACAGCCCUGCUAAUUAGCUACAUUUAACAGCGUUAUGUCAUGAAAUUACAAAUUAAAUGUAGGCAAAAUGUAGUUAGUUACUUUUUACAAUAUCGGUGACUACAUUUGGAUAUAAUAAAAAUAUUAAAGGAUUAUUAACCGCAAUUUUAAGUGACAUUGAAGAACUUCUGAUAAACGUUUGACAGUAAUUGUUGUGAGGUGCCACAUUUAAAUCUGUAUUUUCUCAGCUUUAAUGUCCAGUUUAAUAAAAAUUCUUAGAAAAGUAUUCAAAAAUUAUUCAAAAGUAACACAUUACUCUGAUGAAAUGAUAAAGUAAUGUAAUUACUCGUGACAUUUUAAACAGAGUAACUAGUGAACUGUAACCUACUACAUUUGUAAAGUAACCUUCCCAACACUGGUUGCACCCCUCAUGUCCUGCAGAUAGAAUUCUCUCCAAGUAGUAGGUAUAAUAAGUUGACUGCAACCGUUUCCAAAGCCCCCAGGAGAAGUCUCAAAGGCCUUGCUGGAUGUUGAAUGUUCUCACAUUUUUAAUCUGGCUGCAGGAAAUUUCUCCUGCAGUCUGACUUUAUCUCAUUAUACCUCCAUUUUCUACACACAACUCCCAGUAUCACCAAUUUAUUUUGUUAGACAUCCAUUAUUUCAUAAAUAAAUCAAUAAAAGGCAACGCACAUCCUAGUGGAUGUGCAGAUCCUGCACUAACUGUAGCCUUUAAACAUGAAAUUCACAACAUGGUAUUGAUGCACAUUUGUAAACAGUCCAGGAGGUGCCAUUGCCCCAGCCAGCAUGGUUUCUUUUCGACAGGCAGCUCACACAAAUAUUCUGAUAUAGGUUAUCUCACACUUCUAAAUAGUGUUUCAAUAAUGACAUCACUAAGGGCCCCUUCACACAUAGUGCGAAGUUUGGUCGAAGUGCGCAUGACACAGGAAUUGUGUG